AUGCUUCUCCCCCUCGUCAGAUCCCGCCCGCUCCUCCUCCACCGCGCCGCGCGCCUGUCCUCCCCGCGCACCCGCCUGCUCCUCCGCCGCGACGCGCUCCCGCUCCCGCUCGCGCGUUCCCCGGCUGUUCGCAUGGCGGCCUCGUCCGGCUCCGGCGCCAGCUCCCCUGCCCCGGCGCCGCCUGCUGCCGUGGUGCACAAGUCAAAGAUCAAAUUCUGCCCUGCUUGUGGAAGUCCGACGAAAUUGGCCAUACCUGAUGGUGAUGAGAAGAUGAGGGCUGUUUGUUCUUCUUGUGGAAGAGUUCACUACGAAAACCCAAAAAUGGUUGUUGGUUGCCUUGUGGAGCAUGAUAAUAAGGUUCUCCUAUGCAGAAGAAAGAUUGAACCGGCUUAUGGUCUUUGGACACUUCCUGCUGGUUAUUUAGAGGUGGGGGAGUCUACUGCUGAAGGAGCCUCUAGAGAAACAUUGGAAGAAGCAUGUGCAGAUGUAGAGAUAAUCUCACCUUUUGCUCAGUUGGAUAUUCCACUGAUUGGCCAAAGUUACAUUAUUUUCCGAGCAAGACUGAAGACGCCCAACUUUUCACCUGGACUGGAGUCGCUAGAAUGUGCACUUUUUGCUCUGGAUGAUAUACCAUUUGAUUCUCUAGCAUUUUCUUCAAUCUUUGUCACCUUAAGGAUGUAUACUGAAGAUGUGAAGUCUGGAAGCAUCAAAUUUCACUAUUGCACUAUAAACAAAAGGUUAGGAGCCAGCCCUUCAGAUCUUCGGAGUUUCGAUAUCGAUAACCAUAUUGCUGUGUGA